UGGGUUCCAGUUGUCACAUGGUAUAGAAUAAUGCAUACUUUCCCUUCCUUGUUCUCUCAUAUAACUUUCUAAAUACCCCAUACGUUACACCUAAACCUUUCCUUGUGACCACAUAUAAGUCUCCAAAUCCUCCAUACAUUAUAACAGAUUUGCAAACCUUUAACAUAUCUUACCAAUGGCAGCAGCACUUGCAGUUAGGCUGAAAGUGUUAUUCAUGAUGUUGAUGGGUGUUCUUUUUAUUGCUUGCGUUUAUGCUGGUGUCACUAGUGGAGUCCUUUUACAGAAAGAUUUCCGCACUUGGUGGUCAAUAGUGAUACUGAUUGAUGCCUAUGCCAUCUUUCUACCACUAGGGGUGUGGAUAUGCUACAAGGAAUCGAAUUGGAUUUACCCUAUCAUGUGGAUAAUUCUUACUUUAACUUUUGGAAGCUUGGCUUUCUACACGUACCUUAUUCUGAAACUUCAAAAGCUUUCUUCUCAAGAAUCACAGCAGGAUCCUAUUCACUUUGUUUUAUUAAAUUAUACAAAAAAGGAAUCAAAAGGCACACUCUCUGUUGUAAGUGCAGGAGUUCUUUUCAUUUCUGUGGGUUGUUUUAUGCUUGGAUUGUUGAUAUACACCAUGGUCACUGUUGGUUCUCCAUUCUCCAGAGAAGUUUUCACUCCGUGGGUGUCUGUGACAUGUCUUGAUGUUCACAUCCUUUUGAUAAGUCUAUUGAUCUGGGUGGCAUAUAGAGAACCAACUUGGAUGACUGCAGCAUUUUGGAUUGCAUUCCUGAUGUGUUUUCAUAGCAUUGGUGUUUGUACUUACAUCACCCUCCAGUUCCUCCGGCUCUCACCUGAAGAUCCGACCUUCCUUGUUCUUUCCGGGGGCAGUAAAAGCAGGCCAAGGAAUGGAUAUGAUGAAAAUCUAAUUACAUCCUAAUUAGGGGAGUUACUUAAAAGUGUAUGUUGGCACUCGUUUGUUAGUAUUACAUGGAACAAGUGUAAUGGGGUUGGAUGGUUACUAUAUCAGGGACAUGGAUAAUUGUCCUUACUGUUGUUGUUUAAUCCAUUGAAACUGCAAUAUUGCGUACAAUGGACUAUUUAAAAUGCUGAAAUGUAUCAGGUAUGUAAUGUUGUUCAGAAUGUGAUUGUAAAUCUGUAAGGUAUUCAGUGUACAACCGUUAUAAUGUAUGAUUACCCCAACUGAA